GGGGAGUGACGAGACAGAGAAAGAGAGAGAGAGAGAGAGAGAGAGAGAGAGAGAGAGAGAAUGCAUAUAUACAUCCCACGGAGGCUGGCGCUCACAUUCCCAGCUGGAUUACUGCACAACUUGGGAGACCAUUUUAACCAACCAAGAAACAUCUCCAGCUGGUUGUUUAAGCUAGCAAGGUACGCGACCAUGAACAGUGUGGCAAACUGGCUGGUGGAGAACAAGGACAAGAUAGAGAAAGGGGUGGACAUCAUGGGGCAAGCCUCCGAGGUGUUGGCCUCCACCGUGGGCCAGCUCCACCCCAUCCUGGAAGCCGUCUUCAUGGCUUCGGCCGAGAUCCUCAGCAAUCCCGACGGCAAAGAGGCCGUCUACUUGACACAGAAGAUCGAUGAGGUCAACCAGAAGCUGGUGGGCAUCCAGAACGAGAUCGAUAAAAUUGCUCUGGAGCUGCAGAGGACGUCCAUGAACAAGCAGAACUUUGACCGCGAGGCUCAGAUGCUGGGCCAGUAUGAGAAGUUCCAGGAGUUCAUCAACGCCAAGCCAGACUGGAAGGCGAAGAAGAAGGAGAAGUUCCUCAAGUAUUACGAGAACACCGACGGCGACUUGAACUUGGACGCUCUCUACUACGCCGUCAUGGGGGAGAACACAUCAGGUGACCCCAUGCUGGACACGGUGGUCGCCACGGAGCAGAGGAGCAGGAGGGCGGUGGAGGACUUUUGUGCUUCGCUGAAGAAGCUAUUCGUGGUUGGCCUCAUCGCCGUCAUGGGCUAUGCCGCCCUCAAGGAGGGCGUGGUGGAGACGGACUUAGUGACCAAGUGGCAGGAGCGAAUGGAGACGGUGGAGAAACGAAUGAAAACCGCCGUGGAUUACUGCACAGAGACUUUUCUGGACCAGGCCAAGCUGGACCUGGAAGACCAGCUCAAGGAGAACCCCGGCACAGUCAGCGAGGACUUCACCCAAGUCCUGCUGGACUCUCUGGUGAAGAAGUACGACUGGGUCAAAUGGUCGGUGAGAGCCUUCAACAGCAGGGAGCGCAUCUUCUUCUACAACUGGCUGGCGGGGAGGAAGUUCCACGGCAGCGGCGGCGCCAACUGGUUUGACGCCACCACCAGCAACAAGAUCAAAGUGGUCGUGUCCUUCUGCGUGGACCCCCAGCCCAUCGACAAGAGCCAGAUCAGGGAGCAGAUCGAGCAACAGAAGCUGAAGGGGAACAUGAUGGCGGUGGCGCUGACGCUGAACCGAUGCUUCCCCAACUGCCUGGUGCACGCCGUCAGCCAUUACAAGGAGGUGGUGGAGUCCAACAACUUCAGCGUGGAGAGCUACUACUACGGCAAACACAAACGAGCCUUCCUGUGCAUCCACCCGCAGUAGACCGUUACGCUAAUGACCUCGUUAAAGUCAAGUGUUGCUGUGUUGUGUCAUCUGCCUGGACUCUGAAGAAGCACCUUUAUGACUGUGUUGGAACCCGCUUGUGUACCCCCCCCCCCCCCCCCCCCCGUUUAUGUCCACCAACUCAUCGAGUCCCGAUCCAAGUCAAGUCAAGUCAAGUCAAGUUUAUUUGUAUAGCCCUUAAAACAAAAUCCCAAAAUGAAGGGAUUUUAGCGAAAAAGAAACCUUGAGAAGUCAUAAUUAUUAUUAUUAUAUUAUUAUAAUUAAUAACAAUUAUAGUAAUGUCUUUAUAAAAAAUACAAUCAUAGUAAUAAUUACUACCAAAAGUGCCGUCUUGCUAACUUCCUUAUUAGCGCUAAGCAGCGUGAAAUGGAAAUUGUUUCAGUACACAGCAUUAAAACAUACAUACACUUCCUGUUCAGUGCAAAGUAAGCUUCAAAAUAAAAGCAAGGCAGUACAGUAAACCUCGGAUAUAUCGGAUUCAAUUGUUCCCACUGGUUUUGUCCGAUAUAAGCGAAAUCCGUUAUAUGCGUAUACCGGAAAAUGUCCGUUUUACGCAUAUAUCGGAUUUAUAUCCGGUAUAUGCGUAAAUGGGAUUUUAUCCGUUAUAAAAAGGCACUUCCUUGACUAUGUUUCCAAUGUACCUGGACGCGCAGGCAACGCUGCAAACGCUGCAAAUGACGUCGUAUAGCGGCCUGUCACGAUUCGGCGAAUCGGAGCGCCACGAUGCGGCCAUCCGAUAUAUGCGAGGGAAAUUUCAUGGAAAUGCAUUGGAACGGGACUGGAGAUUUUGUCCGAAAUAGGCGAAAUCCGUUAUAAAAAAUCCGAUAUAUGCAAUGAAUUUUUAUUGGAAAUGCAUUACAGAAAAAUCGCUUCUUUUUUAUCUGUCCGUUGUGAGCGAAUUUCCGAUAUAUCCGAGUCCGAUAGAUCCGAGGUUUACUGUAUUAACCUGGGUUUAUUGUGAAUUAUUAGCCACCAGAAGUUCAAGCUUUAUUGUAUGGAAGCCCGUUUCGGCCACUGUAAGAAAAAAUAUACGUCAAUGGAGAAUCACGAUUAUGGAAUCAAAAGUCAGAACCAUGAGAUAAAAAGUGGAAUUUGUAAGAUAUAAUUUUUUGAUAAAAUAUUAAUAUACAAUAUUUGGGAGCUGUCUCCACUGGAGCCUUGUCUCAUGUGCAGUUUCUAUCUCAUAACUUAAUUCAUAAUUAUGAAUUUCCUGUCUCAUCAUUCUGACAUUUCAAUUUUUCCCAUGAUUUUGACUUUAUCUCAUAAUUUGGACUUUUUAAUCUCAUAAUUUUGAAUUUUUAUCUCACUAUUAUUACUGUUUUUGUAAUUUCAACUUCUUAAUGUCAUAAUUCAGAUUUUUUUAUCUUGUCAUUUUGACAUUUAAUAAUUGGCUGCACGGCGGACGAGUGGUUAAGCGUGCAGACCUCGCAGCUAGGAGACCAGAGUUCAAUCCCACCCUUUUACCCGAAGACAGCUGGGAUAGGCUCCAGCACCUCCCGCGACCCACAAAUUAUUUUCCUCUUUUUAUCUCAUAAUUAUGACUUUCUCAUCUCAUAAUUAGGACUUUUUAAUCUCUUUUUAUCUCAUAAUUUUUACACUGAUCUAAUAGUUAUGACCUUUUUUAUCUCCUAUUUAUGACUUUGGAUGUCAUAAUGAUGACUUUGUAUCAUAAUUAGUAUGUUAUUUCAGAUUUAAAAUUUUUAAUCUCCUAAUAAUGACUUUCUUAUGUCAUAAUUUGGAAUUUAAAUCUCAUAAUUUAGACAUUUAGCCCAUAAUUAUGACUUUCCUAUCUCAUGAUAUGCCUUUAUAUUUCAUAAUAUAUCAUAUAUUUUCAUAAUUUAAAUGUUUCUCAUAUUUUUUUACUUUUUAUCUGAUAGAUAUGACUUUCUUAUGUCAUAUUUUCAACAUUUUGUCUCAUAAUUCAGACUUUUUUUUCAGUGGGUUAAAGGGGCUUCCAUAUUAUUGCCUUUGUAGUCAAGACAUCCAACAAAAUUACAUAAGAGUAUAAAAUAUAUGAAAACUGAAUAAUCCAAAUAAAAAUAUGCACAAAUAGAGGAAAACCGUGGCAAAGGUUGAAAAAUGUAUUAUCACAAGUAAAGGUGCUCGGUUAUGCCGACAAACACUUAUGUCGACGUGAGUCAGCCAGGGGCGUCGACAUAAACGGGUUUCAUCGCAUUACAAAUUCACCCUUUGAUGUUUGAUGUUGCACAAAACUCAUUUCAAAACAUUAGAGCCAUAACUGUCAUCACUUACAUCGUCAUCAGCGGUGGAGCCUUGAAGCUUGCAUUGCUGUGGAAUUGUACGCAACAUAUGAAUGAUAUAACGUUGAAAACUACACCCAUAUGUACAUUUCCAAUGGUCCAAUAUUUCCAAAUAAACCAUAUGUCAGUCAA